GAUGGCGGUUGCGCUCCGUCGGCUGCUGGAGAAGCGUUGCUCUGUGAAUAGUGGUGGCGCCAGUGAAGAACGAUUCUCAAUAACCCGGCAUUUUCAUCCGGUUGUGCGAUCUGACCCACCGGAAGAAGUAGGAUUCGUGUUGCCAGAAGGAUAACGAAACUGUUGUGCGGGAACUGAUCGAGAAGGAUGCGCUUUCUCGUGAUUAAAUGAAAUGUGAAAAUCUUUGUGCCUUGGCCAGCAGAAGAACAGUGAGGUUAUGCGUUGAAAAAAUGGCUGCCAUUUUGCAGUUUGAAACGGGUGGCGGCCAACCCUCUCUAACCUCACGCGACCUGUGAAAUGUGACCUGCUGUGCGUAGCGGAAUGGAGAGAAGAGUGCGUCGGCAUUUGGAAUUCUCCCUUUCCCUAUCCUGCCUUUUCGGUGCUUGAUUUUCGAAGCGUGGUCAGCGUAGUACAACACCCCCUUUGCAGCUACCAGAACAUACGCAAUCCAUGGGCAAAACAGGGCGCCGUUAAUUUGCAAAUGAACGAAAAAAUAAGUGUCUAUUCAGAUUUAUUCCAAUACAUCCACGCAUACCACGACAUGAGCGCCAGGCAACCGCGCACGGGCACGCUAAGUGAAAAGAAAGAAGCAACAAGCGAGAAGCGGUCGGUGGUGCGGACGGCCAACGAUCUUUUUCUACGCACCCAUCGCUUGAAAGCGCCUCUCGCUACAUGCAUGGUGGCUGGGCAACGGUGUGGCGGUCGAAUGUAGUUUACUCGGUAAAGGCAUCGUUUCUUGGAAGAAUGUGGAAAGCGGUGUUGCUGCUGCUAUUGGUUGUGAAGUGGAUUUCUAUAAUGGAAAGGGUUCAUUAUCCGCUGUCGAUGCUGUACCAACCGAACGGUUAUAUAUAAUUGAUGGGCUGGUCAAAUCAUAAGCCCGGAACUAAAAAGAUACCACCCUCUGCUGGCAGCAUGAUAACUUCACUUGGCUAGGAGGAGGAAUUGAUACGGAGAACUGUCGGCAGGCAGACAGCAGCAACAGCACACGGCCUUUGUAGGACGGCGAUCAUCAUAUCACGGGAGCAGCCGGCUUCGGUGUGCUUCAACGAACUUCGUUGUGCGUUUCCGCGCGGUAUCAACUCUUCAUGUUUGGCAGCAGCGCCGCAGCAAACAUCGAGCAAACACAAACGGUUCGGAUUCGGCGAGAAUUGCGCGCGCGCGCGCUGUGUGUGAGGAAGAACCAAAUUGCCUUAACAUGGAACUGGCGCGGGGAAGUGAGGCGAAGGCGCGCGAUGGUGGCACCAAGAGAAGAGCACACAUGAUAUGAUAAGCGAUCGCGCGCACACAAGAGCAAAGCGAGUGAGCGAGCCAGCGAGCAAGGGGGAGUCGGCACAUACAACGGAGCCGUGAUCCGGAGUCGCCACGCGCAAGGCGCGACGACACAAAAUACGCCACCCUAGUGCGCGUGCGGACCGGAGAACCCGGAGCGGGCUAUUCGGUGGUGCCCCCUUUGUUAACAGCCAGGGCCGUUCUCAACAUCAUCGAGUGACGACGGUUACGUACGCAUUGCGGCAAAGGUUGUUUCUUGAUUUUCGCGUGCGUGAAAAUUGACUCGUUUGCUGUACAACAGAGAACAAUCGUUCGAUGUGUGGAAGAGCACAGGAGGUUACGAAAGGAUUUUUAGUGAUUUCGUUUGCGCGUAAAUUUCAUCGGCAUCAACAGAACAUACAGAACUGCCGGCAGCAUAUUUCUCAGAAGACGUGAUGUGUGCGUGAAUUACUUUGUAUGUGUGCGCACACAACGAGCGUGCGCGCGCGCGCGGUUCGCGCAUCUGGAGCACAAACAUCCUAUCAACAACCGAUUGCUUUUGAGUGGGGCAGGGGCGAGCAAGGAGGAGGAACCAAGAAGACACGAUUCCCAUGGUGAAGCGAGAGAGAAGCACACGAGACACGUGCGUGAACGCCCUUCAACCACACGAGCGAGCCGGGGACCGGCGGGCACUCUAUCGUGUGACGGAUGGACCACCGGAUAAGAGAAGAUUCGAUUGGAACAACCGCCGCCGCCAACGGCAGCUGGCGAUGAUGUACGCGUGUGCACACCCGGUGGAUGACCCCAAACGACUCGAGCACACACAUACGCACAUGGUCAUGGAAACAAAGGCAUAAAUUCAUCGCCGCGCGCACACACCAGCAGAUUUUUCCGCGGGCGCGCGCGCGCAGCUCAUGGCGAUUUAACAGCGAGAACUAUCAACUGGCCAUCACGUCGCAGCGGAUGAUGGACCAGCAGCAGCUGCUGCUGGAGAGAGCUGCUAAGGCCGAUUAUGAUGAUAAUGGUACGGGUGUUGGACAAUCAUGCCGUGGUCAUCUUUUCUUGGAUUGUUCCGGCGGGAUAGAGAAAGAGAGAGAUGUGGAAAAAAAGGAGUCAAGAAACGCCGGCAUAAAAAAACGGGAAUCUCAAGCAGCAGCAGCAAAUGGCGCAAAGGAAGAAGAAAUAAGGCAAACAAGUCGGUCUCCCGUUUGCA